AUGGCCUACGAUGGGUACUACUCCAACCCCUACCAACCGGGCCCCAUAAACCCUCCCAUCGACGGGUACUCGACUGCUCCUCCAUAUCCAACCCAAUACGACGAUCGUGCCAAUAUGCCACAGCCACAGAUGCCGAUCGGCUCUUCAGCUCCAAACCCGGAGUCCUACUCUGAGCCUCGAUACCCCCAGAAUCAGAACCAAGAUCACAACCCAGGCGCCAUCAACGACGCCGUGAACUCCGCCGUCCACAACAGCGGCUCGACGGGCUAUCUCUCGCCAGAGGUGCUGUCCCAGAUAACAGCAACAGUCAUCCAGCAGCUCAAAUCAACCGGUCUGGACAAUCUCCCAGGAUCGCCAUCAGCUCCCGGUCCAUCGGCACCCCGCUCGCAAUCACAGCAGCCAACCUGGCAAGCAGACCCAUCCACGCGCCCGCAUGCUGAGUCUCCUCCUGCCAUGGCUGCACGCAGCAACUCUAUCCCACCCUCUGUGCCUAUCUCGGGUGGCAACACAGAGCCUUUCAAGCCCUACGUUGAGCCCUACGUGGAACCAUAUGUUGAGCCCGAGUACGGUGAUACGCGCCCCAGUCCGAGACCAACCCCCGACCCGGUUUCUGAACGGCGGGGUUCUGUGUCGAGCCAAGGAAGUGUGCGCAGUCAUCACCGGGAGGCCAGGCCGAAGCCCCCAGAACGCGAUGCUACUGUCAUGGAGAUGACGACUCUCGAGCGGAUUUGGGGUAAGCUGUUUGAGGAUGGGAAGCCUACGAAGAGGCUUGGCUUGUUUUUGCGUGGUAUUGCGCUUCACUUGAUUGAGGAUUAUCCUCCUGGAAACACUAUCGUCAUUGUUCCCCACAAGCUGCAGAAAUUCUACAAGGACACUCACGUUCCUUCGGAUUCCUACCCAUGGCAUGACAUAUUUGAUGAUCGCACGUCGUCUAUCUCACGUCUAUUUCGCGAUGUCGAGGCCGAACAUCAUCUUGUACAAGACAAGCUUGGAGAGCGCCCAGACAUUCCAGGCCUGACACCAAAAGGGUUUGAGCGAUGGGCUACUCUCAUGAUCCUCGCCAAUCCCGAGCGGGAAUACGAGCGACUCCAAACAGCAGUCCUGAAUAUGCCAAUCAGCAAUCCCGACGACAAAAAAGAGCGUUUCCCCAAAGAGAUCCCGCGCCGCCUCUUCCCAGACAUCGGUGAUCUCAAGAUCCGAGAAGAGAUCGAAGACCAAAUUAUGAAGCAAUGCGGUGUCGACCUCCCCCGAAUCACCGAUGAGGAACGCGACGAAGCCACCCGCUCCAGAAGAUCCCCCGUUUCAGCCACCUCUUCCACAGAGCGAACGCACUCAUAUGAAAGAGGCCGGCCCCCACCAGCAAAAGCAUCCCCGCCCACAGCAAAACCAAGAGUAAGAACGGCCUCCACCUCGCCAGUCCUAAUAUCCGACGAGGACGAAACAAUCCCCUCCGCCCCGAUCGAGCGCGAGCGCAAGCCCUACAGAGCAACUCCAGGCGGCGGCAAAGUCUACCAAGGACCAGGCUCCAGUACAGGCUCCGGCGCCCAAACCCCCAGCCACAACCCCAGCGGCUCCUUCUCGACGCCCAGACAAUCAGAAACGAACAUCAAGCCCCACCAACCACCACCAAGCAGAAUGUCAAUGCCAGACGCCUACGACCGAGACUCACUCUACGCCCGCACAGGCACAGGCACAGGAUCAGGACCAGGAGGCUCAAGCACCACGCCCGGUCGCCGUUUCUCUCGCGGCUCGCGCAGUUCAUCGCGAAGCGUGAACCAUCGCUCUAGCGACUACAGACACUCGGAAAGUGACCUGCUAGGCCGGGACCGUGAGCGCGAGCAUCUGCCACGGUACGCGGGUAUUUCCGCGCAGGAUUUGCAGUACAUGGAAUCUCCCACUCCUGCUUCGCCGGAGGUCGAUGAGCCAAGACGGUUCCACCACCAUCGUGGAAGUAGUGCUCGUCCUGAUGAUGAUUAUUAUCGUGGUAUGCUUGGUGGACAGGGCGGGGGGCCUGUUCAUUCCCAUACUCAUGGGCAUGGUUAUGAUAAGUACUAUCGGUGA